CAAACACACUGGUUCCUUCAUCUGCAUGCACUGCCGUUGCCAUGGUAUUUGUUGCUCCUUGCAGUACAACAAAUCCUGUGAUUUAUUCACGAGUUUCUUCUCACAAAACAAGACCUAUCAGGACACGAUGAGACCUACUGUGCUCUUCUUUUAUUUCCUCAUCAUCAUGAGUGAGGGUGUUGAAGCAAACAACAAACCCCGCAGGAGCAUUUCCUUCCAAGACAUGAACUUGAAACAGUUCAAAGAGUCUGGCUUUAGCAGUUUGAGCUCUUUGAUGAUAAGAGAUGACAUUGGUCUACUUGUUGUCGGAGCCAGAGGGAAAGUGCUCACCCUCAACUUGGAUGACAUCACCAAAAAGACCAGUGAGGCCAACUGGAUGGUCAGUCCAGCAGACAAAGCCCUCUGUCAGAGGAAGGGCAAAGACACUAAGGAAUGUGAUAACUUCAUCAGGACCCUGCACACAACAGAGGAUGGUAAAAUGCUAGUUUGUGGGACGAACGCUUUCAAUCCUGCAUGUGACUACAUGACUUUCACAAAUGGAAAAGUUGCCCUGGACGGAAACAAGCACGUAGGUAGAGGAAUAGUUCCUUUUGACCCUGACCAACACUUUGCUUCCCUUAUGAUUGGAAACACUUUGUACUCAGCCUCUUCCUCCAACUUUCUGGGCACAGAGCUGGUGUUUCAGAGAAAUGGACUGAACCCUCUCAAGACUGAAAUGAAACAUUCCUGGUUCAAUGAGCCCACCAUGAUUUCCAUAAAGCUUGUUGAAGCAAGCAAAGACAGUGAGAACGGUGAAGACGACAGUGUAUUUUUGUUCUUCACUGAGAAUGCUGUAGAGGAACUUCGUGACAACAUCCAGGUGUCGAGAAUAGCCCGAGUCUGUAAGAGUGACUUGGGGGGCAGUAGGACCCUGCAGAGAAAGUGGACUUCAUUCUUGAAAGCCCGUUUGGACUGUCCAUUUGGUGGUGUCGGCUUGCCCUCCCUCGUCCAAGACGUUUUCCUCCUUCAAGACCUAAAAAACUGGACGGAUAGCAUCUUCUAUGCCACGUUCACUUCCAACUCGGAGUCCUCAGGUGCUUGCAACCAGUCUGCUGUCUGUGCAUACAAGCUGUCAGACAUCAGCCAGGUGUUCAGCGGGAGGUUUUUGACUGAGAAGGAUGCUGGGAGGUGGGACACAUACACAGGAGAAGAGCCUGUCCCUUACCCUGGUUCAUGCAUUAAUGAUGAAAUGCGGGCCAAAGGUGUGAUGACCUCCCUAGACCUCUCAGACGAAACCCUGCUGUUUGUGAAGAACCACCCUCUGAUGGAGAGCGUGGUUACACCGAUAACUGGCAAGCCUCUGCUGUUCCAGAUAGGGACACGAUUUUCCAAAAUUGUUGUGGAUCAAGUUGCAUCACUGGAUGGGCGACAGCAUCAAAUUAUGCUUAUUGGCACAGACUCUGGUUGGCUGCAGAAGGCAGUGAGGUUUGAUGGCGAGGGUGGCCGCAUCAUUGAGGAGCUGCAGCUGUUUCAAAUUCCUCAGCCUGUCAACUUUCUCCAGCUCUCCUCCAAAACAGGCCAGCUGUACAGCGGUGCCAAUAAUGUCACUGUUCAGGUUAAUGUAAGGGAAUGCAGCCACUACACAUCGUGCGAUGACUGCCUUCUUGCCAGAGACCCAUACUGUGGCUGGGACAAGAUCAGAGGCCAGUGUGCAUCUGUUGUUGGCGCAUCACUUGGGUCUAUGAUUCAGAGUCUAAGUGAUGGAGACAUCAGGAUGUGCCCGAUCUCUGAUUUGAAAAGGAAACCUGACGUCGUCCAUCUCAUCAUGGGGAUAGCCCAGUUUCUCCCAUGUUCCCCUGAGACCAACCUUCCAGUCAGCUGGCGCUUCUCUAAUAGCACCCUCCUUCCUGGCCCCCGUCACACUGUGCUCAGCCAGGGCCUUAUCAUCAGACCCUCCUUGUCUGAUGCUGACCUUUACACCUGUGAGACAGAGGAAAUGGUGAAUGGCAAAGUACACCGCAAGAUGGUAGUCCAGUACCUCAUCCAGGUUGAGGACACUAAAACUGUGGUCAGGAACUUGAAGGUGGCUGUGAUUGCCUUGAGUGUUCUCCUGGGCUCAUUGUCAUUGCUACAUAAGAUAAAGGCCAAAUUGCGAAACCCUAUUGAUUGUGCCAAUGAAAACAGCAACAACAAUCAAGUGAUCUCUGUGAGGUCUUUCUGUGACUAUGACCAGACCAUGCACCAGCACAUGGAGGAAGGUCGGGCUCCCUGUUACCAGGAAGAGGGGCGCCACAGGGAGGCUAACAGUGGGAAUGAUGGGAAUGCAGAGAUUGGGAGUGUUACAUCUGUACAUCAUUCUCCCAGAAGGCACUGUGGCAAAAUUGGCUGAGGAGAAGGUGGAGGGGGAGAAUGACAACUGUUGCACAGUUAUUGAGAUCAUCAAGUGAUCCCCCUCUUCUAGCAUUCAAGUCACUGUAUUUCCUUUUGUGUCAUUUUAUUGUAUUGAAUAAACAUGGUCUUUAUGAGCCCUCUGCUCAGGUA